AUGCUCGCCUCGCUGCGCCUCGUCUCGCGCGCCACGCCCUCGCCUCUGGCGCGCAACUUCACCAGCAGCGCCAUGGCGCGCUCGUCGGGCAAGGGCGGUCAGGGCAUGGACCAGGGCCCGACGGAGACGGGCACGCCUGGCUCGGCCAGCGUCGACGACAUCGCCUCGUCCGAGGGCGCAUACGACGGCGACAAGCCGCACUAUGCAGAGACGCAGUCUGCUGAUGCUCCCUCUCGCAACCUGCAGAAGCCUGGCGCCGACAUGUCCAAGACGGCCGCCAGCUCCAAGCCGGCCGAGCACGCGCCCGCGCAGAACCAGCCCGAGUCCAAGGGCCAGGCGCCGGGCAGCGGACCUCACGGACGCUGA